CUGUCUUCUCUGGGAUUAGAGCAAAUUGGUUUGGGGUUUUGGUAUAUAAACGCUUGGAAGUGUCCCCGAAAUGCAUCAAACAGCUCUUCAUCGUUUAACAAACAACACACAAUUGUAGCCCAGUUAAAUCUAAGUUUUGUCGAAAUGAUUGCGUUUAAGCUCGUGCUUGUAGCAGGAUUUGCUGUCCACGCCUGGGCUGGAAUAUUGCAUGGAGGUGAUGAAGCCGGUGGCGAGGGACACCUCAAUCUAGGAGGCGGUGAUAUUAGCGGAGGAUACGGCGGUGGAUACGGUGGAGGAUAUGGUGGAGGAUAUGGCGGAGGAUACAGCGGCGGCGGUUUGGAAGGCGGGCAUGACCUCGGAGGUGGAUUAGAAGGCGGUCUUGGCGGAGGAUACGGUGACGGUGGACAUGAAGGAGGAUUGGGCAGUGGAUAUGGUGGCGGAUAUGAAGGCGGUUUGGAAGGAGGAUACGGUGGCGGCUCAGGAUAUGGUGGUUCAGGAUACGGAGGUGGCUUUGACGGCGCUGGAUACGGAGGCGGUCAAACCAUUCACACUGAAGCCCAUGCCAUUCCAAUUAGCCAACACGUUGAAAUCACUCGCCCAAUUCCAAUUCCAGUCGUUAAGAAAAUCCACGUCCCAGUUAAGAAGCCAGUCAGCAUUCCAGUUCCACACCCAGUUAUUAUUGCUGAACCAAAACCAGUGCCAAUCCACAUCCCAGUUCCACAACAAGUUCAAAUUCCAAUCCAUCAAGAACUCAGAAUUCCAGUUGAACGUGUCAUCCCAGUUCCUGUAGAAAAGAAGGUCCCAUAUCCAGUUGAGAAGCAUGUGCCAUAUCCAGUUGUUAAAUACAUCACCGUUAAGGUUCCAAAACCAUACCCAAUCAAGGUCCCAGUUGUAAAGACUGUCAUCCACAAAGUCAAGGUUAACCACGGAGGAUACGGCGGUGGUGGUGGAUACGGAGGUGGAUAUGGAGGUGGAUACGGUGGUGGACACGGUGGUGGACACGGAUGGCAUUAAGUGAAUCAAACCAAAGGCGCAAGCAAUCCUGUGUUAUAGCACUGAGACAUUGAAUGUCAAUUGUUUUGUAGUUCUAGGACAAAUUGUUGUUGUUGUUAUUACUUCUGUAAAUAUUUGUUUUCUAUGUUUAGUGAAGAGAUGAGAAUAUAAGGCAUUUAAAAAAAA